UGCCAGUAUCCUUUUACUCUGGCAGGAUUAUGUCUAGAAGAACUGGGAUGACCAGGAAUGUAAUUACAUUGUACUUCAGUCUGGCAGUUUGUAUACAGUUCCUAGUUUUAAAUGUUAAACCAAAAUUGCGUUCUCUAAAACAACUUGUAUAGGGGUGAAAAACUACAGGUUUAUCAUGAAAAAGUGUUUUACUUACUACAUUAUAUCAGUUAAUAUUCCAUUUUAGGCUUUAAAAUGAAUAGCUGGAGUGUUGGUAAUGGGAACACUGAGCGGCUGAAAAUUAAGACUAAUGUAUUACGCUAAGGAGAUUACUACAAGCAGGCUGAGAUGCAUGAGGGCAGCUGGAUGAAGUAAUUCACUGUGAAGAACAAGCUACGAUGGAGACAUUACCAACACUGAGCUCACUACACACAAGUUUUGCUAUUUUACUGUAAAGAUUUGAAGCUACACAUUGUUAGUCCACCAUAUGAGGUUGACAAUGCCCAAGUCAGAUUUUUAGAACAUAUGGAGUAAUUGACUGGCAAGAAGGCUGAUUGUCUUAAUGGAAAAAGGUAUCCGGCACGAUUUUGACAAUGAGUUCUUCUGGAGAAGAGCCCCUCCCAUCUUAUUCUAAUACCAGAGAGCGGAUUGUUAAGGUAGUUCCCCCUCAUUUAAUUUGCUCCCUUACAUGUGGAGGCCGUGAGUGUCGCUAUGAGGGACCUGAAAACUGGUCCAUGGAACAACAAGCAAUUCCAGGGUUGUACUCCUCCUGGGUUACAGAUGAAAUUCUGGCUAUGAGCCGCCCAUCCACUCGUCUGAUGCAGGAGUACAAGAUCACUGAGCAAUUCCACAGAUAUGGGAUACGUUCAGUUGUCAAUGCACAGAUUCCCUGGGAACAUGGCUAUUGUGGAGACUCCCUUGAUCCUCAGAGUGGCUUUUCAUACAGACCCCAGGAUUUUAUGGAUUCUGGCAUCUGCUUCUAUAACUUUGGUCUUCCGGAUUUUGGAGUAGCUUCUGUUCCCAGAAUUCUGGAUGCAGUGAAAGUCAUUGCAUUUGCUCUUAGAGAGGGGAGAGUCGCUGUGCACUGUCAUGCAGGACUCGGACGCACAGGUGUUCUCAUUGCCUGUUACUUGAUCUAUGCAUGUCGCGUAAGUGCUGCAGAUUCCAUUCGUUUUGUGAGACUGCGUCGCCCUGGAUCUAUACAGACAGGAACUCAGGUGUCUCUGGUGUGUGAUUUUGCAUUGUUCCUAAGUUCACAGUGGCCAGUCUUUCCACAGGCCCCCCUUGGCCACCGUUUCUUUACUCUAGCACAGUACCUGGUUCAGCAACGUAACCUUCUACAUGGUCAGGAAGCUCGGAGUUUGCGCCAUCUUCCCAAGCCAGUGGUAGUGAUAUGUCGAAGACUGGCACAGUUGGCAGGGGGUAGGAGAGCAAGAGGACCAUGGGUGGAGCUUGAGAGAGAGGCUGCACACAGGCUCCUCCGCCAGGUCAUUGUCAGAGCAGCAAAUGACCGCCAGUGUAAGAAGAUGCCCACACCAACUUGUGAGACUGAUGACAAUGAACAGGAGAAGACAGGAAAGAAAAGAAGAGGUCUCCUACAGAGUCAACUUAGUUGUGACACUGGAAUACUGCAACUGCUACUCAUGGGUGACACAUCAGUAGAUGUGGCAAGCAAUGGUAUUAGUCAACUUGAGCUUGCCAAAACAGCAACAGAGUCGACAGACACUAAUGUCCCUGAAGAUCUGCAGAAGGGAACAUACAGCAUUAUGCCAAAUAAAGACAAUAUAACUGAGCCAUGUCAGCCGGUUACUCCACACCAUGUUUUGUGCAUUGCAGAAGCAUUGGCCGAAUUGCAUGCUCUUGAACAGGUGAUAAAGCAAAGUGUUCAACAAUUGCAGAAUCUUGUAAAUGAGGAGGGAGCUUGGGCGGCGGUAUCCACAGAGAGCAAUCCCAAAAUUCUUUGCACCCUCCUCUGGGAUUGGUUGCAUCAGCUCGCAGAGCCUGUACUAAAUCAAGAAGACAUAAAUCGCUUCUGUGACGGGGACUGGAGAAACAAUCUGACAAAACUAAGCCGGAGCCAGGGGGAGAUAUUAUGUUGUCUUCUGCAGUGUGUUAGCAAACUUUCUUCCCUGCCAUGUACCCUGGAAGAGAUGGUGUUAAUGAGACUUAUCAGAGCAUUGACAAAGCAGCCACCUGAUAUGCCACAUUUGCCUCCAGUACUGAUCCUGCAGCUUCGCUCUAUUGUACAAGAGAUAAGAGCUCAGGGAGUCAUGUCCCGGGCACAACGCAAAGCAACAGAUACAGCAAAACAUGGACAGCAAAAUACAGAGAAGAGUGAAGGAAAGAGCAGUUAAUAGUGACCUGUAUAGUAGUGUAGUGCUUGUGCACAAAUCACAAGAAUUGUGUAUUUAUAUUUAACAAAGACUGCAAGCAUUUGUAUGUACUAUAUGUUUACAUUUUCUUGAUAAUACGGUGCAUGGGAUAUAAACCGGAUAUGGCCUCAUUUAUCACCAGUAACAACGCAUGUAUUGCCCCACCACUCGGUCUUGUAAUUGUGUGCAAAAUCAUAAAUUGCAUGUUGUUAAUCAGUAGCAUCAACAGCAGCAGUUGCUUUUUAGAAGAAAAAAAUUGAAGAAAAAAGUCCCACUUCCAUUAACGUGUU